AUGGCUGUGAACGGACAUCAACGUUCUAACUGCCCAUCAACUUAUAGAUGUAAGAUUUGUUCAGAUCAACAUCACACCUUGUUACAUCGUAGCAACACCAUCAAUGCUACAACACCUUUCAACUCAGUUCAUCCUACUCCACAGUCAUCAAUGGUGUCAGCUGUAGCUACUACUUCUAGAGAUACUGUGACACAUACACAUUUAGAGAAGUCAUCGACAAGUAAUGUCAUCUUAGCUACAGCGCUAGUUCUAAUACAGGAUGCAUCUGGAUGCUAUCAAUUGGGUAGGGCGUUACUAGAUUCGUGUUCACAGGUGAACUUCAUCACUAAUGAUUUCGCUCAAAAACUUCGCAUACCCAUGGCCAAGCAUAAUAUUGAAAUUAACAGCAUCGGAAAUUCAUCGACAAGAAUCACAUCAAAGGUAUCAACUACUAUCAAAUCUCGAUUCACGGCUUUUCAACUUCCAUUGACAUUCUGUAUAACAUCACAUAUUGCGUAUCAACCAGAUUCUGAAAUAAACAUCUCAACUUGGAACGUACCACCAAAUAUUAACCUUGCUGACGAACAAUUUUACAAAUCAACCCGUAUUGAUUUACUGCUUGGCACUGAAAGCUUUUUUAGUGUCCUGUCAGUAGGCCAGAUUAAACUUGGAUUAGGAUUACCAACGUUACAGAAAACUAUUUUGGGCUGGAUUGUUUCAGGUAGAUAUGAUGUUUCACAAUGCUUAGAACGUUUAUGGAAGCUAGAAGAAGUCUCGAUCACUCCACAUGCUUGGACUAGUGAACAACAAGUUUGUGAUCAUUUGUUUUCAGAAACAGUAUGCAGAACAGAUGCAGGUAGAGUUAUGGUAAGGUUGCCAUUUAAGGAUAGUCCUCAGUGUUUAGGCAGUUCAUACGGUACAGCGUUGCGUAGAUUUAUUGCACAAGAAAAUCGAUUGUCACGGUCGCCUGAGCUCAAAACGCAAUAUGUUGCCUUUAUGGAAGAAUAUCAAAACCUUGGUCACAUGAUUGAGGUAAAAGAUCCAAAUAUUGAUGAACCUCAUUAUUACAUUCCGCAUCAUUGCGUAUUGAAGCCAACCAGCACCUCGACGAAAUUAAGAGUCGUAUUCGACGCAUCAUGUCGAACCUCUUCUCAGAAAUCUCUCAAUGAUAUUUUGAUGAUUGGACCUACUCUGCAAACUGAAUUGUUCAUCCUCUUGUUACGUUUUCGCUUAUUUCGAUUCGCUCUUACUGCUGACAUAGUGAAGAUGUAUAAACAAAUUCUGAUUGAUCCUGAAGAUAGAAAAUUUCAGUACAUUCUUUGGAGAAGUUCACCAUCUACCAAUAUUCGUACUUUCCAGCUCAACACAGUUACAUAUGGAACAGCUGCUGCACCGUACCUUGCCAUUCGUUGCCUAUUGUAUAUAGCGCAUCAAUAUGUGGAUCAAUUCAAGAUUGCAGCUGAAGUAAUCAAAUCUUCGUUUUAUGUUGAUGACUUAUUGCAUGGUGCAGAUUCUCUUUCUGAGUUACAUCAAAUAAGAUACGAAUUGGAAGAGCUUCUAAAACAGGGAGGUUUCGAAUUAGCUAAAUGGCACUCAAAUCAUCAAGCUUUUAGAGAUGACACUACUAUCAAAGAUCUCAAUAUAGGUUCGGAUGUUAUUACCAGCACAUUGGGACUGAAAUAG